AUGACGUCAGCGAGUUUUUCGUCUUUUUCGAUGAACUGAUUGUGCUAGAAAAUUCGUUGUCAUGGUGAUAGCCCUAAGCGCGAGUUUGGCUGCGUGAAUUGAUUCGGGACUCCAAAUUUACUAGCUACACUCUGGCGAAGACGAAAUCAUUGUGAUUGCUUUCUUGUCACUGUAAGCUGAGGUGAAGAGAUUUUUCAGUAAGCGAAGGAGUUUUGAGAUUGUUAGUAGAAUGGGGACGAUGAUGCAGCAAAUACAAUUGCAGAGACAGACAUGGAUGAGGUCGCAUAGGUGGUGCAAUACUCCAGCGCCGCUUGGAGGGAGUUCCUUGGCGGUGUUCCUUCUGCCAUGCCCACGCAGCAGUCCCUCCUCUCUUUCCAUCAGAGCUUGUUCAUCUUCGCCUUCUAAUAAUUCUCCCUCUUCUUCCCCUGCUCUUGGGUUGCCCUGGCUGAUUGUUGGGUUGGGAAACCCGGGCUCCAAGUUCGUGGGUACUCGCCAUAAUAUUGGGUUUGAAUUGAUUGAUGCUAUUGCGGAAGCGGAGAAUAUCCCGCUACGGACAAUUCAACAAAGAUCACUGCUGGGAAAGGGAUUUAUUGGACCUACACCGGUGCUUCUUGCUAAGCCCCAUACUUACAUGAAUUUAAGUGGAGAAUCCGUGGGACCAAUUUCGACUUACUACAAGAUACCUCGAGAGCGUGUACUCGCGAUUUACGAUGAUUUGGAACUUGAGUUUGCUAUGUUACGGAUACUGCCAAGAGGAGGCCAUGGAGGUCACAACGGGAUGAGGAGCUUGAUAGAGCACUUUGGAGGGAAACAAGACUUCCCUCGAUUGCGAUUUGGUGUCGGGAGGCCUGAAUGUAACAUGGAUCCAAGCGCGUACGUGCUGCAAAAAUUCAAUCCCCGGGAAAGGAAAGAAUUGGAUGAAGUGCUACAACGAGGAGUAGAAGGAGUGAGACUUUUAAUGACUGAAGGCCUUCAAAAAACUGUCACCACUUGGAAUUUGCACAGGAAAAGCAGAUUGGAAAUGAUCAAAGAACUAGAAUAGGGUAUAUAUACUGGUAGUCAUAUCUAUUGUCUUUGUAGGGUUGCAUUAGCAAAGAUUUGCUCCUAUUAUCAGGUUCCGAGCAUUGAUGAGGUUGACUUUAUGCGAAAUAUACAUUUGUGAAAUUCUUUUGUAUUUCAAUAUCAAUGGAAUCGGUUCAGGUGAUCUGUUUUUCUUUCAAA